GACGCACACUCGAGUAAGUCAACAGGUGAAGUUAGAAGUAUAGCUGAGUGACGAGUGUAAAGAAGAGUUCAGACAUGAGUAAUAUAGACCCAUGCAGAAAAAAAACAAAUGAAGAUACUGCAGAACAAAGAGACCUAAUGAAACUUGAAGAAACAUUGGGAUCAGAAAUAUCUUCUGGUUGUUUUCAAAGGCAAAAUACUUUCCUUCCCAAAAGAAAGCAAAAAAUGGAAUCCCGGAAAUCUUUUACUACCUUUCGUUGUGGAAAGAGAUUUGGAAGUAAAGGGACCCUUGUGAAGCACAAAAGAACUCACACUGAAGAAAAGCCUUUCACCUGCACUCAGUGUGGAAAAGAAUUCACAAGAAAACUACAACUGACCGAACACAUGAGAAUUCACACUGGAGAAAAAACAUACGCAUGUCUUCAGUGUGGAAAGAGUUUCAGACACAAAGGUACUCAUGAUAACCACAUGAGACUUCACACUGGAGUGCGCCCGUAUGCAUGUCUUCAGUGUGGAAACAGUUUCGCACUAAAAAGUAAUCUUGAUUGCCAUAUGAGACUUCACACUGGAGAGCGGCCAUACACUUGUCUGCAGUGUGGAAAAAGCUUCAGACAAAAAAGUAAUCUUAAUAUCCACAUGAUAAUUCACACUGGAGACAGCCCAUACACAUGUCCCGAGUGUGGAAAGAGUUUCACACAAAAAGGUACUCUUGAUAUCCACAUGCGACUUCACACUGGAGAGCACCCGUAUGCAUGUCUUCAGUGUGGAAAGAGUUUCACACAAAAAGGUAAUCUUGAAAUCCACAUGCGAGUUCACACUGGAGUGCGCCCUUACGCAUGUCUUCAGUGUGGAAAGAGUUUCACACAAAAAGGUAAUCUUGAUAUCCACAUGAGAGUUCACACUGGAGACAGCCGAUACACCUGUCCUGAGUGUGGAAAGAGUUUCACACAAAAAAGUACUUUUGAAAUCCACAUGAGAAUUCACACUGGAGAAAAGCCAUACACAUGUCAACAAUGUGAAAAGAGUUUUAUGAGGAAAGAAGAUCUGAAGGGGCACAUGAGAAUUCACAAGUGAGAGCGCUCAUGUGUUUAGUGUUAAAGACUUUACGCUGUCGGUGUUCAAGAUUGUCUUACAGAAUCCCAUCAUUAGAGAGAAAAUCACAACCAAAGUGAUUGACUUUUCAGAUUUUAUUCUUUUGAUUUGACUUGCUAUCGCUAUUAAACUUGUACUUCAUUUUUACAAAGAGAAGGUAAA